AUGUUCCAGCUUCAAAUUUUCCUAGCCAGUGCUCUGAUCGCCUCGGUUGCCGCCCAGUGCGUGGAUCGGGUCAACCCGUCAACCGGAGUGUCGGACUGCCCGGCCAGGGCCAAUCUUUGCAAUAACUCGCUCUACUUCAGCCUGAUGACUCAGCAAUGUCCAAGGACCUGUGGAAGGUCUCUUUUUCCGAACUUUUAAAGUUUUCUUCUUGAUUCUCACAUUUUCUUCUGGCUUCUCUUAUAAGAGGCUCUUAGAAGGUCUUUCUAGAUUUCAGUCGAAAGCUUUCUGAGCUUUCUAUAAUUUUGCUUCGGACGUAUCAAAUAAAGACUCUAGAAGUCCCAAUCUACAAGAUGUAUGAAAGGAAGGUCCUAGAAGUCCCAAGCUGCCUACUUUUCAAGAAAAAAGGGCUCAGAGCCCCGAAAAUCGCCCAUUUCUACGAUUUUCUUCAAAUUAAAAAUCAAGCGCAUCUUUCUGAAUGAUUUCGUACCAAAACUCAAAUUUAGAAGACCUACAGAUUAAGUUAUGAUUUUUUGUAGCUAUCUCAAGACCGAAAAGUUAUGAUUUUUCUUAAGAGGCUGGGGUCCUAAAAAAAUGAUUCUGAAAAUUCAAGAGCUUUAUUUUGAAACAUUUGGUACCAAAUACUUAAAUUUAAGAAAUCUAUAAAUUUUUGAUUUUUUUGUAGCAACUUCAAGACCGAAAAGUUAAGGUUUACAGAAAAUGUGAGACUUUUCCCAAGGUUUUCAGUGGAGGCAAAGGCUCUAGUAAAAUCAAAAACAUCAUUCUAAAUUAUUUCGAACGAAACACUUAAAUUUAGGAUACCUUAAACUUAAGUUAUGAUUUUUUGAAGUUAUCGAAGGACCGAAAAGUUUAGGUUUUUCUCAAAUUUGAGAUUUUUCCCACGGUUUUCAGUGAAAAUUGGAGUUCUAUAAAAAUCAAGCGCAUCAUUCUGAAUUAUUUCGAACCAAACACUUCAAUUUAGGAUACCUUCAACCUAAGUUAUGACUCCUUAAAGUUACCAUAAGACUAAAAAGUUAAGACUAUUUCCUAAUUUGGAGAAGUUUCUUAAGCAAAUUUUGAAUUAUUCUUCAAAAAAUAGGACUUCAGGAUCUUCAUUUGGUGUAGCAAUUUUCCAAACUUUCCCAAAAAAUGAUCAUUUUAUUGAACCAACUAAAGUUGAACCCCAAAGGUGCUCCUCGAUCUCGACAACCAGAAGCAGCACGACCUGCGUGGACCGGGUCAACCCGUCAACGGGGGUGUCGGACUGCCCGGCGAGGGCCGCCCUUUGCAACAACUCGGUCUACUUCAACCUCAUGACUCAGCAGUGUCCAAGGACCUGCGGGAGAUGCGGAUCCAGCACUGUCCGAUCUUCAAGCACUUUCCUGACGUCGACGAUCAGUGGCUCCACUGUUUCCAGUGGAACCUGCGUCGAUCGGAUCAACCCCAACACUGGAAGAUCUGACUGUCCAGCCAGGGCCAAUCUUUGCAACAAUUCGAUCUACUUCGACCUGAUGACCCAGCAGUGCCCCCUGACUUGCGGACGGUGCAGCGGAUGA